GGCUUUGGGAAUAGACAGCUUGGUGACAGCUCCUGGAGCUGAAGAACUGUUAAAUAUGACUGAAAGGACAAGUUUUCAUGCAUAAAACAGCAGCAUGAGUCAACGUGGGCAGUCCUAAAGAGAACCCCUCCACCCCUCAAAAGAGGAGAGCACGAUACAAAGGACUGCAAGGUGUUUCCGUGCCAUACCUACAGGACUGUUACAGCUGCUCUUCCAUGCUAUCUCCAACUUUUCUUCCCCCCCAAUAGAGCUGAGCCUGACUUAAUUUCAAAGCCUUUUUGUACAGACAUAAUAUUUUCUGAACUUUAAAUGCUUUUGUACCUCCUGACAUUGUAAAAGGGAAGUGUAGGCUCUGAAAACCUAGUUAUGUCAGAGAGACAUUUUUAACUGUACUCCCCAGGUUCCAGUGUCAUCGUUUUCACUGCAGCAGUGGAGAUAAAACGGACACCAGACAGAAAUAUUUCCUCUCAGCAAACGAAGUUGCCUGCAGCUUGUAUAGCUCUGACCACUCAAGAAAUACUGCCAUAAAUGAACAAUUCAUCGUGUCUGCAGCCAUCGCCAGCUACCACUGUAGCUCUCCCCAUCAUCUACUCCUGCCUCCUUCCCGCUGGAAUCCUCGGCAACAUUCUGGCUGCCUGGGUGUUUUCACAGAAGGAGCCCACCCGAAGGACACAGUACAUUUACCUGGCCAACCUCGUGAGUGCCAACCUGCUGGUUUGCAGCACCAUGCCCUUCCUGGCCGCCUACUUUGUGGACGGGCACCGCUGGCCCUACGGCUCGGCGGCGUGCAGGAUCGCCCAUCACCUGGGGGCACUGGUCAUGCAGGUCAGCAUGUACGUGACCAUCACCAUCCUGUGCUCCAUUGCCCUCAGCCAGUACGCCACCCUGACCAAGAACUGUGGCACACAGCACUGCCCAGCUCUCCCAGGAAAAUUCCCCGGGCGCCUGCUGCACAAGUUCCAGCGGCCGAAAUUCGCUAAAUAUUUGUGCAUCGUUAUCUGGCUGAUUGUACUCUGCAUAACAAUCACAGCCACCAUGUACAAUAUCCAGGAGACAGUUUCAGGAGAGUUCCCCACGUGCUACAACAUCAAGGUAGAAGCUGGUGAACGUCCUGCAAUGAUCGCAGGUUCCCUUGCCACGGCGUGCUUUUUUCUGUCUUUUAUGACUGUUUUGUGGUCAUACUAUUCUCUUACAAGACAUCUGAGCAGAAUACAAAAAAACACCUCUAUUGGAGAAAAACAUCUGAUUUACAGAAGAGUGAAAAGAAACAUUCUUAUCAUCCAGAUGAUAUUAACUGUUUGCUUUCUUCCAUACCAUAUUUUUAAGCCCAUUUUCUAUGUACUGCUUACAGAUACUGACUGUCCAAGGUUAAACUAUCUAGUGGAAAUUAAAAAUGUCCUUACUUGUCUUGCUGCUGCUAAAAGCAGUUUGGAUCCAGUUAUAACCCUUCUGUUAGACGAAAGAUUUAAGAAAAGUCUUUAUGGCCUGUUUACAAAAUCCACACCAGAACAUCAAAAAAGUAACAAUGAUAUUUUCAUUGAAAUGGGAAGGAGUACGGAAAGAUUUUCAUAGACUAUAAAUAAUAAUGAACUAAUUUUAACUACCUUUAGGCAGGCUUUGAUAUAAAAUGGUAAAUAUUUAAAUAAAAUGGUAACAUAUU